GUCGGCUGCAUGCCCACGCGGCAGUAGUGCUUUAGCUUCCGCUGGACUAUGCACGUAGUAUAUAUAUUGCACAUGAGGAUGGGUCUCGGAAUACUACGCCCUGCCCGCUACCGAAUAUCCAACAAUCUUGGAAAGUCUUUAACAAUUUAUUGUUACAUUCUCACAUCCAACAGAUCACCUCCCUCCUAUUAGAGACAUAUUGAUCAAUCCCACAAGAUGAGUGUAGUUCCAGUCCUGACUGCAGAAGAGAAGGAACACUUUCUCAACAAUGGCUGGCUCAAGAUCCCAAGGGCCUUCACCAAAGAACAAGCAGCCGACGUGACCAAAGACGUCUGGACACGCCUGGGCAUGGACCCCAACGACAAGUCCACAUGGCACAGGGUCUGGACCAACAUGCCGCACCACAACACCUUUGACGCCCGCGACUUUGCGCCCCGCGCCUGGGCCGCCAUCGCCGAGCUGUGCGGCGGCGAGGACCGCAUCGACCCGGCCUUCCGGCAGUGGCGCGACAGCCUGAUCGUGAACCUGGGCUCCGCCGAGCGCGAGGGGAAGCCCGACCCCCCGCGCGAGCUGCCCCGGUGGCACGUCGACGGCGACUUCUUCGUGCACUACCUCGACAGCCCCGAGCAGGGGCUCCUGGUGGUCCCGCUGUUCACCGACGUGCCCCCCUCGGGCGGCGGCACCAUGAUCUACCCGCCGGGGAUGCGCGAGGUCGCCCGCCACCUGCGCGACCACCCGGAGGGCGUGUCGCCGCUGAUGGUGCCCCGCGGCGACCCGGGCUUCAAGAUCGACUUCCGCCGCGACGGGGACCUGGCAUGGUACGGCGGCGUGGCCGCCCGCGCCGCGGACGACGCGGACUUUGUCGAGGUGUGCGGCGAGGCCGGCGACGUGUACGUGCUGCACCCGCUGAUGAUGCACGCCAGCACCAGCAACCCCCUGCGCCACGUGCGCAUCAUCACGAACCCGCCGAUCGCGCUCAGGGAGCCGUUCCGGUUCCACAGGGACGACGGGACCGAGUACAGCCUCGUGGAGAGGACCACGCUCAGGAUGCUGGGGAAGGAAGGGGUGGGCCUUGAGGGGUGGGAGAUCACUCAUCCGCGGGAGGGGAUCGUCCCGGAGAGGCUGCGCAUCCAGGAGAGGUGGAAGGAGGAGGAGCUCAAGAGGCUCGAGGAGCAGAGGAGCUCGGAGAAGAGCGGGCUGGCAGCUGCUUCGGCUUGAGGGAUUUCUACUGGAUCGUACGACGAGACACAGGACGAGGUCCCGUUGUACAGAUGCAGGGGCAUGUCUGACAUGUCACUCGCACAAGAGCGCGCUAGGUCGUGCUCUUUUCGUUAGAAUUUGAUUAUUAAAGCAUGCUUGCUAGAUCCCUACCCUCCUUUGAUGCCUUCAUUGACCUGUAAAUGCGGAGGCCGUGGCUGCUGGCCUGUUGCAAGACACUAUCCGUGUCUGGGAAAUAAAUAAAAAAGACGAUCCGCAAUGAGAGGGCGAAAAGCAGGAAAAAAGGUAUACGUGAGAGGAAAACGUGGGAAGGGGAAAAAGGAAUAAAACAAUCGCGCCGAGAAGGGUAUCUUCCCUCCCUCUGCCGUGACCUGUACAUGCCCUGGUUUUUUGGUUGUUCCUGAACGCCGAAAUGCAUAUGUCCAAAUGACUCUAACAAGAACGGCGCGCUUUUCUUUGCCAAAGGGACCUUGCGACAGCAACAAAAUCUGCUGUGCUGGUGCUUGUGAGAAAAUGUGGUUGAUGAUGAGAAAAGAGAUGAGGGAGAACACUAUGGGUAAGGAAAAUGGGGGGAAUUGUCCAAUGCAUCUGGUGCCGCGACCCCCAAUGCCCGAUCCAUGACAUGCUUUACGAGUCCAUCGACCACUCUUUACUCAGACCGCUCCUGAGCCUCGAGCUGCUCCGUCUCGGCGAUGAUCUGGAAGAUCUUCUCGUUCUAGGCCCUCUCAGCUCAGUCACCCGCCUGGAUGCAGUUGCUUGCGGCGAGGAUGGAUCCCCUUCAGCUUCCUCGCCUCCAGAGUCUGAUUGGGCUUUCUUGGGAGACCCGGCCAAUUCGAGGUCCUCCGAAGAAGGUGGGCCACGGUUGGCAGGUCGGAACCCGAGCGUUGUCGCUGGUGGAGAGCCGGGUGGGCCUUGCUGCUCAGUCUUCUGGCGUUCAGCCGAUCGUCUGGAGCGUUCCUCCUUGUC